GUACCAUACAUAGGCUUGAGCACACAACUCCAACCCCAUCUUCAACUCCUCAUCUCCUAGUUACUAGUCAAAGCAAAACCCUAGUAAGCAUGGCCGAACCCUCGCCUGACCUCACCAAGGUCAUCAACAUCAAGUUACUCUGCAGCCACGGCGGCAAAAUCCUCCCCCGUUACCCCGACGGCAAGCUCCGUUACCUCGGCGGGGAAACCCGUGUCCUUGCCGUUCCCCGCUCUAUUUCCUUUUCCGAACUGUCGUCCAAGCUGACUGAGUUGUGUGGGCCAUCCGUGACGGCCGUCAGUCUGCGCUGUCAACUGCCCACCGAGGAUCUCGACGCCCUCGUAUCCAUCAAGUCCGAUGAGGAUCUCGUUAAUCUCAUUGAGGAAUACGACAGAGCAGCCUCUUCCGCUAAUCUGAAGAUCAGAGCCUUCCUCUCACUCAUCCCCACCGGCAGGACACCCAAAAGCAUUUCAUCCCCUUCUUCCUCCUCGGCCUCUGCCGCCUCCACGACUUCGUCCUCCGGCACCUCCUCGUCGUCAAAUAACUACUUCGGCGCCGCUUCCGGUUCCACCCCAAGAUUCCCCUUGCCGUCUUCCACCCUAGUUGAUCGUUGCCUUCGUCAAAUGCCGCUGCAGCCAUCCCCGUCGACGGUGCCGUUUCAGAGACCCCCCUCCAAGGUUCCUCACUGUGCUAAUAUUUACCAUGCUCGUCACGGCCACAGAAACAACAACCCUACUGGUACUACCGGUAGUCGUCUCUACCUGGUUCACAACGGCAAUCACUGGCAAUAACAUCGUUUGCCACACGGUCGGAGUUCCGGACUACAAAAUUACAAAUAUGCCACGGCCGAUUAAAACAAGUUAAUACUACAAACCCUAAAAUUAAAAAAACACAACAAAUAUCAGUUAUAUAGUAUAUCUGAUCAGUUAUGUAAUGGGAAAUAUGGAGCUGUAAUCGUUCAUCAGGUGGAUUGCUAUUGAAUAUCAGUGGCGAUUAAUGAAUUUCAGUCCUAAUUCGUUUUUUCAAUGUGCAUACAUAUAAAGACAUGGUGAGUGCUUUUUUUUGCAA